UCAUUGCCAGCCCCAACGCGUCGAAAAGCGAUUCCUCGCCCAACGAAAUUACCGUUUUACCCUCAUCCCCUCUGUUUACCCCUCUCGUUCAGACACGAGAAAGAACAAACGCACACGAGAGAUUCGUUUCAGUACGCGACGCCCCGACCUCGAUCCCCUUGUGUUUUAACACAACGCUCUAUGGACGUCUUCUGAUUUUUUUUUUAAUCCCUUGUCAUGAUUUUUUUUUCCUGAAACGUCAAGUUUAUUCCGUUUUCUGAUUCUAUUUAGAUCCCAUAUUCCUUCUCUCCCAAGCUGCUUCUUCGUCGUCUUCUUCCUCUCUCUCUAUUUCUCUUUCUUGGAUCCAUCUAUAUGGUCCGUUCCCAGAACCGCCAUAGCGAUCGGAGGGCUUGUUUCUUCUGCGGAGAUUCAUAAUGCUCAAGAACGUGGACAUGGAUUACGCCCAGAAAAUGCAGAGGUGCCAUGAGUACGUUGAAGCUCUGGAAGAAGAGCGCAAGAAGAUCCAGGUCUUUCAGCGUGAGCUUCCUUUGUGUUUAGAGCUCGUCACCCAAGCGAUUGAGGCGUGUCGAAGGGAGAUAAUAUCGGGCACGCCGUCGGAUUACGUCCAAGGUCAAUCGGAUUGUUCUGAGCAGACGACGAGUGACUGCGGGGGCCCUGUGUUCGAGGAGUUCAUCCCCAUUAAGAGGAGCUCGUCGUGUGAUGAAGACGGUGAACAUGAGUCUCGUGAAUCUGAGAACGAUGGAGAUGAGAAAAUUUCGACGAACAGUGGGAAUAAUACCGAUAAGAAGAAAUCGGACUGGCUUAGAUCUGUUCAGUUAUGGAACCAGUCUCCGGAUCCACAACCAAAAGAGGAUCAAGCUGCUAAAAUGAAGACGGUUGUAGAGGUGAAGCGAAACGGCGGCGCAUUUCAGCCAUUUCAGAAGGAGAAGCUCGUUCCAAAGAGUAAUCAGCAACCAGUGAAAGCAACCACUUCGGCUCCUGCGCCGGCGAGUUCACAGGCGGUAACCGGCGGCGGAAAAUCCGAGCUCGAGGAAGCGCAACCGCAGCAGAAGCAAACGCAAACGCAAACGCAAGCGCAGAGGAAACAGCGGCGGUGCUGGUCGCCAGAACUACACCGGCGGUUCCUCAACGCGCUUCAACAUCUCGGCGGAUCUCAUGUGGCUACGCCGAAGCAGAUUAGAGAGCUAAUGAAAGUUGAUGGACUGACUAAUGACGAAGUUAAGAGCCAUUUACAGAAAUAUAGACUCCACACGAGACGGCCAGCCACACCGGCGCAGCCGCAGCGUACUCCGCCGUCUCCGAUGCGGUCAGGAGAUGGAAACAGCGGUCGGUGCAACUCUCCGGCGACAUCUUCCUCUACGCACACGACCACAACUUCAUCUCCUGUUUCAUAG